AUGAUAUGCAAAAAAAAAAAAUUUGAUGCGUUUGAAGGAGGAGAAGGCGCAUUCAAGAAGUUGAAGAUCGAGCCGGGAACGAGCAGCGGGAGCACCAGCGGCUCAGCCGCCGCCGCGGCCGCCGUGGGGAGUCUGACCCACGCGGGACAGUCCUCCGGGCACGGACCCAGCGCGGCCACCACCACUUGCCCCACGCCGGCUCGAAGGAGGCAUCGGACUACUUUCACACAGGAACAGCUGCAGGAAUUGGAAGCAGCCUUUUCCAAGUCUCACUAUCCAGAUAUCUACUGCCGAGAGGAGCUGGCCAGGAUCACCAAGCUCAAUGAGGCGCGGAUCCAGGUCUGGUUCCAGAACAGACGGGCCAAGUACCGGAAGCAAGAGAAGCAGCUGCAGAAGGCGUUCGCGCCGUCGGUCAUUCCGCAGUGCAAUUCGGCGGCGGCCGUGAUGAGGAACAUUUACCCGACGGGGGCGAGGGGGGGGUAUCAGCCGUAUCCGGGUCCGGGGACAUUCAACACCAUCAACAGCAUGAAUCGAUAUUCGCAGGAUAUGUUUCAGAUGUCGGCGUCUUCGUACAACGCGAUGGCUCAGCCCUUCGGCAUGGGGCCGUCGACGGGGAACAUCGGGAAUAUGGCGACCAUGCGGCAAGAUUCCAUGGUUCCGAUGGGGGAAGAGGACUGGUACAACAAAAGCCUGUCGGCCCUGCGGAUGAACACGUCGAAUUCCCACUCCAAUCUUCCUGACUAUCUGUUCAAACUGCUACUGAUUGGGGAUUCUGGUGUGGGAAAAUCCUGUCUGCUUCUCAGAUUUGCUGAUGACACAUACACAGAGAGUUACAUCAGCACUAUAGGAGUUGAUUUUAUUCAUGUUGAAAAUCUGCUGCUUCAUCAUCUCUUCCAGAAAAUCCGUACCAUUGACCUAGAUGGGAAGACAGUUAAACUCCAGAUUUGGGAUACUGCAGGACAAGAAAGAUUCAGAACCAUCACCUCCAGCUAUUACCGGGGUGCCCAUGGCAUCAUCAUUGUCUACGAUUGUACCGAUCAAGAGUCCUUUGCUAAUGUCAGACAGUGGUUGCAGGAGAUUGAGCGUUAUGCAAGUGAGAAUGUCAACAAACUCCUUGUUGGGAACAAAUGUGACCUCACUUCAAAGAAGGUCGUCGAUUACACAACAGCGAAGGAGUUUGCUGACCAGCUCAACAUCCCAUUCUUGGAAACAUCGGCCAAAAAUGCCACAAAUGUGGAGCAGGCUUUCAUGACUAUGGCUGCAGAAAUCAAGAACCGGAUGGGUGAGAGUGAAACGGCCGGCCAUGACCACGGAAAAGUGAAAAUUGACUCAGCUUCUCCAGUUGAUGGCGGGAGCAAAGGAGGUUGUUGUUGAGGAAAGGGAAUGGGGUCAAAUUUCAAAUGCCGUACCUUUCUGUGUCUGGGUGCCUGGAUUCUCAAAUCAUGAUUAAUGUAUGGGUCAACAGAAGCAUGUGGGCCUCCCAAAGGCAACACUCCAUUCACUGUAUAAGUUUAUAUGAAAUUUUUAGUUCUCAAUAUCAGUUUGUCUUUUUGCCCUUCUGCUGAAUCCAAAGAUGCUGAUUGAGGUGUCCCAGUGAUUCCUUGGUUUUUGGUUAUUCAUUGGUCAUUGGUAAAGGCAUCUUAAGUAUUCAGGGAAUUCUAGGAUACAUGGUUUGUCUUACAUAUAAGCUUUCAAUAUUGUCCAGCAUUGUUGCAGCUCUUCAAUGUACCCCUUCUCAUUGCUUUCACUUGCAACCGGUUUUGUGAAAAAGUCAGAAAAGACGGAUUUAAGGUGAUGAAGCUGUAGCAAUGCUUGAACUGAAAGAGUCUUCUAUAUGCACACUCUUGGUUCAUCAAGGAAAUAAUAUAGGCCCUAAAGAAGUUUUAUCAUCAUUAUUUAUUUUCUCUUUGGGAACGGCACUUCAGCAGCAAUGUGAUCUGUAGUUUCAAUCAGUUUCCCCCUUGGCUUGAAUAUUUGGUAUUGUAGCCUUUGUGAGUGGAUGAAUGAACUUGGCCCUUAUGUGAUGUUUAUGCUCCACAGUAUCCUAUCCUUUCACAUAUGCUGUUUGCAAUCACAUUCACACUUUCAGUUUUUUUCUAAAGGAAAAUGUAAUUCCCUGCCAUAUUCAUUGCCUGCUUCACAGUUUCCUUCCACCUUGAAUCGUGCAGGCCAAGGCCUAUUGAAGAAAUGGCUGAUGUAACAAAGGGAGGCAUUGCUAUGUCUCUGGGGGAGCUUCCUUUUUUUUCUUCAAAUUCAGCUCUGCACCUUAUACAGUGAUUUAAUGAUAAACUUGUACUACCUUUGUAAUGGGCCGUGUUAAGUGUAUGGCCUUUGAUUUGGGGUGACCAAUUGACUAAACUGUGACCCAUGCUUGAGGUUGUAUGAUGUGUAAGUUAGAUCACUGUAUUUGUGCAAAAUUCUGUUCCUGGCAGUCAAACAGAAUCUUGCUCUUGGACCAUCCUCAAUGAGAAAUUUAAUCUUUGCUUAGAAUCCAUCCAGGAUGUUUUUCUUUUUUUCUUGCCCAGAUUGGAAACCCCAUAUGCUGAGUGAUUGAUCGAUUUUAAAGUGUAGCUGAUCGCCAUUCCAGCCUGUUUUCAAGCAAGGCCUAUGAUUAUGGAGGAAAUAAAUAAGUUUGAAUAUUGUAAAAGAGGCUUCUUAUUUGCUGUGUUGUAAUGCAUUUGAUUGCUAAUUCAAAAAAAAAUAUCUGAC